AUGUUUUCAGGGUUGACUGUGCACGGUCCCUCUGGUCCUCUGGUUGCUCCUCUGGGAUCUUCACUGGUUCUGCCCUGUUAUGUUGAUGAACCUUUACUAAUGGAGAGACUGGAGGUGGAAUGGAGAAGAACAGACUCAGAGACUUUCGUUCAUCUGUUUCAAGAUGGAGAGAGUCGACCAGAGGCACAGUCGCAGGAUUAUCAGGACAGAGCUCAUUUCUUCACUGAGGAGAUUAAACACAGAAACUUCUCCCUCCGGCUGGACCAUCUGAGAGCUGAAGAUGAAGGACGAUACACAUGUACAGUUCACAGUCAGCUGGAGUCUGGAGAAACGGAGGUUCAAAUAAAAGAUGUUGAGCGUUUGCUGGUCUCGGGAUCGGAUUGGUCCAUCUCUGCGUCUGUGGGUGAAGACGUCACUCUGAACUGCUCUGUCGACUCUCACAUCAAACCUGAACACUUAGAUGAGGUUUCCUGGAAGAAAAUUAAUAAAGAGAAUGAAGAUGAAGAUGUUCUGGUCCUGCUCUACCAAAACAACAAGACCUUUCCAGGUUCAUCAGAUGAGCGAUACCGAGACCGAGCUGAGUUCUUCACCGCUGAAAUCCCCAGAGGAAACUUCUCUGUCCGACUGAAGAGCGUCAGAACGGAGGAUAAAGGGGUUUACAUGUGUCAUGUGUUUGCUGGAAGACAUUCAGCCAAUGCAACUGUAGUGCUGGACCAACUGGGUUUCUCUGUGUUACACAUAAUAAUGCUGAUUCUCUGUGUCUCUGCAUCUGGAUCUGCACUUCUGCUCUUCUGUCUGAUCUACUGCAGAUCUACUACUGAAGACUCAGUCUUUCGUCUUCAGAUGUUCCUCGUCUUCUGUCCAAAUAUUCUGAUGUGUCUCGCUUUCGUCCUCUGGGGGUUAUCUGAAGGAUCAGUGUUUGAGUCGGUGUGUUGUUCUGCUCUGUAUUUCCUGAGGCCGCUGAUGUUGCUCUGGACGGCUCCGUAUAUCAAUAACUUCACAGGCAACAUUAAAACAUGGAUUCGGAGUUUCAGUUUUAGAGCAGAAUAUAUUGUUUUCUCAGCUGUGUUUUACUCAGUGUUGUUUAAAUCUGCGUAUGACAAAAGUCUGAACUACGCUGGAUUUGAAGGAGUCAUGAUUAUAGUCCUGUUUGUGAUCGCACUCCUGCUAAACCUCCUCUAUAUUAUCUACUGUAAGUGUUUCCUUCCAUCAUGAGUCAGUCACAAUAUG